CACGCAGUCGUUUGAAGAUGAAGGAAGCAGAGAGGAAGGGGAAGGCGGUGGUGGUCGGCGGCAGCAUCGCUGGGUUGUCGUGCGCGCACGCGCUGAUCGCCGCCGGCUGGGGAGUAGUGGUGCUGGAGAAAACAAGCUGCCCGGCGACGGGUUGCGCCACCGGUGCCGGACUCGGGCUCGACCCCUUGGCGCAGAAAGUCAUCAAGUCAUGGCUCGAUGAGCCUCAUGCGCUUGACCUCACCACGUUGCCACUCACCAUUGAUCAAAAUGAAGCAACUGAUGGGGAGAAGAAAAUCAAUUGGAUGCUAACAAGGGAUGAGAGCUUCAAUUUUAGGGCAGCACUCUGGUCUGAUCUGUACGGCCUUCUAUACAAGGCAUUGCCUCCAGAGACAGUCCGCUGGGGGCAAACAUUUCUUUCCUUUUGCGUUUCCGACGACGGAAACUGUGUGAGAGUGAAGGCUAAAGCUUCUCAAUCUGGAGAAAUAGUUGAGGUUGCAGGUGAUCUUCUUGUGGCAGCUGAUGGUUGUCUCUCUUCAAUACGGCAGAGUUUCUUCCCUGAGCAUAAAUUGAGAUAUUCAGGUUAUUGUGCAUGGAGAGGGGUCCUUGAUUUUUCGGAAAAUGAGGAUUCCGACACCGUUCUUGCGCUCAAGAAGGCUUUCCCUGAUCUUGGGAAAUGCUUAUAUUUCGACUUAGGGUCACGAACUCACUCUGUGUUUUAUGAGCUGUUGAACAAACGGAUCAAUUGGAUUUGGUACGUGAAUCAGCCGGAGCCUCAACUUACGGGGAACUCAGUAACCAUGAAAGUUAGCAGUGAUAUGAUUGCCAAAAUGCAUGAAGCAGCAGAGGAGGUUUGGCUACCGGAACUGGUGAAAGUUAUACAAGAAACCAAAGAUCCUUUCUUGAAUGUGAUUUACGACUGCGAACCCCUGGGCCAAAUUGUGUGGCAGAAUGUGGUUUUGGUUGGAGAUGCAGCUCAUCCAACAACUCCUCACGGUCUGAGGAGCACAAACAUGUCGGUAUUGGAUGCUGCAGUCCUCGGGAAGUGUCUCGAGAAGUGGGGAGUCGAGAAUCGAACUUCAGCUCUUCAAGAAUAUCAAUCCACUCGCCUGCCUGUCACAACGGAGCAGGUCCUGUUUUCACGAAGAUUGGGGCGUAUCAAGCAAGGUCUACGACUUCCUGAUCGCCAGCCCCUCGACCCAAUAGCAGCGAGUCGGGAAGAUUGUGAGGAGCUGCAGCAGAAGAAGAUGCCUUUCCUGUCAGAUACGCCUUCUAUUCUGAGUCAUAUCAAACAGUUGCAGAAGUUGAUAUGCUAUUCUUCUAUUUCUAAAACGUUGGAUCUAAAGCAUCUUUAUGUAAUUGUAGUUUUAGUUUGGGUUUAGGUUUAUGUACUCUUAUGUUUGAAGCAUCAUCCUAAAAAUGAAUAAAGAAUAAGUUGCUGUA